AAUCUAAUCGAGCUCUGCCCCCGUCUCUCUCCCUCUCUCUAUCUCUUCUCUGCUACUUCAAUCAAGCAAAAGAGGCAAAGAAAGGGGGACCCUCCAAAGUCUUCUUUUUCUGUCUUUUUUUUUUCUUCACUCUUUUGUGUGUGUGUCUCUGUUUUUUUUUUUUUUUUGGUGGGUGUUCUUCCUGCCAUGGAUCAUCACAAGCAUAGCCCUACUAAGCAGCCAUCACAGGGAGCACCAAACUUCUUGACCCAGCACCAACCCAACAACAACAUGAGCACAGGCGACCCCAACAGCAACAACAACAACAACAGCGGCCAUAAACCCUCGGAAAUCAAAGACUUCCAGAUUGUGAUUGCGGAGAAGGACGACGCCAAGAAGCAAUUGGCCCCCAAGCGGAGCUCCAACAAGGACCGCCACACCAAGGUCGAGGGCCGCGGCCGAAGGAUACGGAUGCCUGCUCUCUGCGCCGCCAGGAUCUUCCAGCUCACCCGGGAAUUGGGCCACAAGUCCGACGGCGAGACGAUCCAGUGGCUGCUCCAGCAGGCGGAGCCCUCCAUCAUCGCCGCCACCGGGACGGGGACCAUCCCCGCCUCGGCUCUCGCGGUCGCGGGACCCACCGCGGCGUCGUCCCAGCAGCCCGGGGCCUCGAUCUCCGCGGCGUGGGCCUCAGCCGGCCGGCCAGGCCCCACCCUCCAGCACCACCAGCUGGGACCCACCGGGUUCUGGCCCCCAUCUUCCUCGGGCCCAUCGAUCUUGGGUGGUGAGGGGUUCCAUCCCACCAGUACAGGGGGUGCGAGCACUAGUGGGAACAUUAACUUGAACAACAUGGGACUGGUCAGCUUCACCUCGAUCCUCAGCAACCCGCCGCAGGUGGUCGUGCCGGGGCUGGAGCUGGGGCUGUCCCACCAGGAUGUGGGACACCACCACCACCACCACCACCACGUCGGCGGUGGGGUCCACCUCAACCCACAGACACUGAAUCAGAUAUACCAGCAGAUUGGGCAGUCUAGGGUUCAUAAUCAGCCCCAGCAGCCUCCUCCUUCUAAAGAUGACUCCCAGAGCUCUGCAGGCAACUGAAGUACGAACAAGAAAAAAAAAUUUGGGGGACAGAAUUGAAGGAAGUUCGAAUUUUUUGGAGGGAAAAUUGGAAGCAGAAUAGCUUUGUAAUCAAUCCCAGUGAUGGGUUUAUCUCUGUGUAUUAUAAUAUGAAAGGAAGAUUCCUCUGAUGGAGUGGAGUUGAUUUCGGGUUUUCGGCCCUGCUUUCCGUUUUCUAUGUGGGUAUUUAGAAUUUCGCCCCAAGCUUCGAUCUUUCUCCGCAGGAUCAUUGGAGUUGCCAUUAUACAGGUGGAGUUAUUGCACAGGCAUUAUAGAUUUCUCAUGUUUGGAGCUUUCGCCGUUCUUAUUCGAUUUGGAGGUGUGUCGAUAGUGUAAGUCCAUAUUAUUAAUUAUUAUGAUUUUUGCUUAGAAGCGAUGAUCGGCUUGUACUUGAUUCACAUAGAUGUAGAGUUUUAUAGUCAUACAAUUUCAGUUUAUAUGCAGUAUCAUUCUGAAAUUUGGCCCUGCAGUCUAAUUAUCUCUUCUCACCCCCGAUUGCAUUUGCACCUGGAGUUUAAGCUUAUUUAUGAGUAUAUAAAGUAGCCGAUUCCCUUUUCCCUC